AUGGCCGCAUUUUGCAACAAAAUGGAUGCGAUUUGCGGUAUAGUUCGUGCAAUUAAUGCCUUCCAAGCCUAUGACAUCACGUCCACUGCUAUCAUAAUGCCUGGCUGUGUAGCCGAUUAUUGUGUUAAUUCCGCCAAAAAGGGAUAUAAAAUGUGCCGCUUCCCACGAGAUCCAAAAAGACGUGAAAUUUGGACUAAAAACAUGGGACGACAGGAUUGGUCUCCGUCCAAUAAUUCAGUGUUAUGUGAGAUACACUUUCAUGCAGAAAUAUGGACUGAAUCGAAAAAUGGAAACGGCAAGCGCAUACUGAAAAAAGAUGCUGUUCCAACUGUGUUUGGUGAGUUUGUAGUUCAAAAUACAUAG